UGCCUCCUCUCCCUCCUCCACCCCCUCCCCCCACACUCCUCCCUUCCCUUCCCCCUCUUCCCUCCCCCCCCCCUUCCUAGGCUUCCACUUUCCAUCACCUCCUCGGGGCCGUCGUCCUUCCGCACCGUCACCUGCCCGCCUAACCCGGCUGUGCGCCCUCCCGCGACCCCACUCCAGCACACCCCUGCCCCUACCUCCCCCACGGGGCGCCCCGCAGCUCCCCUCCCGCUUCCGCGCUCCCCUCCCCCCUGCCGGGCGCCGCUUCCCCGCUCCCGCUCCCUCCGCGUCUUUUCCUCUCCCCUCCCCGCGAAGUUUCAGGGCUGUCAGUCUGUCAGUCUUUCGGGCGGUCGGCACCCGAGCUACAGGCAGCGGGCGCCAUUGCGAGCAGAGCCGGCUGGGGCAGGAGGCCGGGGCGCCUGGGUCCCGCCAGCAGCGGGGACACCCGACCAGCCAGCCCGCCAGGUACGGGCCGUGGAGGCGCCCAGCGGCAGACGGCUCCGCCUGCUUCCCCUUCUACACCGACACUCAGUCACUGCCCGCUCCGCGCAGCUCCCGCAGUGACAGCUGGAGGGCCCAGGAGAUGAAGUUCCCGACUCCCCACCCUGGUCUUCCACUCCCCACCCUCUGCGCAGAGAAUCGAUUGAUUCCUGAAGUCCCCAGGGUCCGUGGCCUGCUCCCCCAGGAGGAGCUACCCUGGGUUGCCAUGAGAGAGACCUUUGAGGCCCUCAGCUCCCUGGGGUUCUCUGUGGGACAGCCUGAGAUGGCCCCCCAAAGUGAGCCUGGGGAAGGGUCCCAUAAUACCCAGGAGCAGAUGUCCCCUCCCAGGGAAGACAGCGUGCUGGGCACAUGCUCAGGGCACGAGGCCCCCAGACCAGAGGAAGGUGCCCAAACUGAAGAAGCUGAAGCUCCCUGCAGAGGAGGCCAGGCAUGUGCACCACAGAAGGCUGAGCCCCCGAGCUCCUGCCCAGGGGACGAGUGGAUGAUUCGCAAGGUGAAGGUGGAGGAGGAGGAUCAGGAGGCAGAAGAGGAGGUCGAAUGGCCCCAACACCUCUCAUUACUCCCCGGCCCUUUCCCCGCGCCGGACUUGGGGCCUCUGGCCGCCGCGUACAAGCUGGAGCCGGGGUCCCCGGGGACACUGGGUGGACUGGCGCUGGUCGGGUGGGCCCCGACCUCGGAGAAGCCCUACGGCUGCGGGGAGUGCGAGCGGCGGUUCCGGGACCAGCUGACCCUGCGGCUGCAUCAGAGGCUGCACCGCGGCGAGGGCCCCUGCGCCUGCCCGGACUGCGGCCGCAGCUUCACGCAGCGCGCGCACAUGCUGCUGCACCAGCGCAGCCACCGCGGCGAGCGGCCUUUCCCCUGCUCCGAGUGCGACAAGCGCUUCAGCAAGAAGGCCCACCUGACCCGCCACCUGCGCACGCACACCGGCGAGCGGCCCUACCCGUGCGCCGAGUGCGGCAAGCGCUUCAGCCAGAAGAUACACCUGGGCUCGCACCAGAAGACGCACACGGGCGAGCGGCCCUACCCCUGCACCGAGUGCGAGAAGCGCUUCCGCAAAAAGACGCACCUGAUCCGCCACCAGCGCAUCCACACCGGCGAGAGGCCCUACCAGUGCGCGCAGUGCUCGCGCAGCUUCACGCACAAGCAGCACUUGGUGCGGCAUCAGAGGGUGCACGAGGCGGCGGGCCGCGCCCCGCCCUCGCCCGAAGCGCCCGCCUCGCCGGGUUCCCCCGCCCCGUCCCCCACCCCGUCCCCUCCCGGACCCAAGCCUUUCUCCUGCUCCGACUGCGGCUUGAGCUUCGGCUGGAAGAAGAACCUCGCCACGCACCAGCGUCUGCACCGCAGCGAGGGGCGCCCCUUUGGCUGCGACGAGUGCGCCCUGGGUACGACCGUGGACCCCGCCGCCGCCGAGCCCUCGGCCUGCGCGCCCGGAGGCACACCGGCGACCCAGGGCGCCCCCGCGGGCGAGCGGUCCUUCUUCUGCCAGGACUGCGGGCGCGGCUUCGCCCACGGGCAGCACCUGGCGCGGCACCAGCGGGUGCACACGGGCGAGCGGCCCUUCGCCUGCCCGCAGUGCGGCCGCCGCUUCGGCUCGAGGCCCAAUAUGGUCGCCCACUCCCGCGCCCACAGCGGCGCCAGGCCUUUCGCCUGCGCGCAGUGCGGCCGCCGCUUCAGCCGCAAGUCGCACCUGGGCCGCCACCAGGCGGUGCACACGGGCAGCCGGCCCCACGCCUGCGCCGUCUGCGCCCGCAGCUUCAGCUCCAAAACCAACCUGGUGCGCCACCAGGCCAUCCACACGGGCUCCCGCCCCUUCUCCUGCCCGCAGUGCGGCAAGAGCUUCAGCCGCAAGACCCACCUGGUGCGGCACCAGCGCAUCCACGGCGAAGCCGCCCACCCGGCCUCCGACGCCGACCUCUCGGCCCCAGCCUGGCCCACUCCCACAGAGGUGGCAGCGCCCCCGCUCUUCUUCUGAGCCCGGUUCUCGUCGGGACCCUUCCUUGGCUCGCUGGUUGGAGAGACCCAGGCCGGAGAUCUUCUGGGCAGUGAGCACGACGGCCUGGGCCCCUGACGGCUGCUCUUCCCUCCGUCUCUUGCUGGAGAGAAGUUGGGAGAGGGUAACCGGUUUGGACACUGCGACAAAGACGGUGCUCAUAACGAACCCUUGCCGGGAACAGUUCAGGCCUGAGUCCUGGGAAGACUCCCAGCCACGGACCCCAUCGGAAAGCAGACAUUUCUUGGACACGCCCCUACGCACACACGCGCGCUGUGCGCAUGACCAAGAGCUGACUGGGUCAGGAACCUCUACUGGGGGGGGGGGGGGCGAAGGAAAGGUUAUCUGUGUACUUAAAGUGUCAUUAAAAUUAAAAUAGAAGGAUCCAGGGCUGUUAAAUGAGCACCGGGGGGGAACCCACCACCCCACCUUAGUUCUCCCACAGAGGACCAU